AUGAAUCAUUGCUUUGUUAAUGAUUUGUGUACUUUCAGCCUAUCGUCAUAUUGUGAUAAAAAAUGUGGACGAAAAAUUCAUAUUCCUCCUUAUCUUCCUAUUUAUGAUGGUCAUAUACAUCUGAAUCAAGUUGUUAAUGAAAUUCAAUCUGAAUUGAUUGCUAUUAAAGCGAUCCCUUCUAUUCGUGAAUAUCAUUUCGUUAAUAAUAAUCACAAACCUGAUGGAUGGUCGGUUUUGAAUUCUUAUCAUGUUCCUCAACACGUUCACAUAUAUCCCACCAUGGGUAUUCAUCCAAAAUAUUUUGAUCCACAAGGUGUAUAUAAAAUUCUUGAUGAUCUUCAAAAUCAUUUAGAAAUUUCCCAUCAUAUUUCAAAUUCUAAAAAUAAAAUAGUUGCAGUUGGAGAAUGUGGACUUGAUGAAACAGCUAUGACAAACAUUGAUCAACAAUUAUUUGUCCUUGAAAAACAGAUUGAUCUUGCCAAUCGAUUCCAUCUCCCACUGGUUAUCCAUUGUCGUGGUACUCACCUUUAUCAAAAAUUAUUCGAUUGUAUUAAAAAUCGAAUAUCUGACAGAAAUUUUCCAUUUCAUUGGCAUUGUAUCAAUAGUAAUUCGAAUUUGCAUAUUAUUGAUUUAUUUUUAAACCAGUAUCCGAAUUCCUACAUCGGCUUUAAAGGAUCCAUCACACAUGGAAAUAAUACUGAAAAUUUUCAUAGAUUUGAAAACUGGUUAAUAAAAAGAUCACCUUUUCUUCCUGAAAGACUAAUAUUCGAAACAGAUUAUCCUUAUCUUCCACCUGAAAAUCUCCAUGGUAAAUAUGAUCCAACAGCUGCUCUAAUAGCUUCAGCUAUAUACUUAUCAAAAACUAUAACUGGUUCUGAUGAAAAUACAUAUUCAUACAUUCAUUCAUCCAAUAUUAAUAUUAUAUCCACGUACAAUCUGUAA